AUGCCUGCUUCUGAGCUGCCUGCGCGCGCGGAGGAUAUGUGGUCCAGGAUGAUUGGUCGCAAAGCACAAAGACAACUUAACUUUCAGGAGCGAGAGGCUGCCAAAAUACCUGCCGUGGGCCGUGCACGUAAACCGCUGCCAACCCCGGAGGGCAACAAAAAAGUAAGGAGGCCUCCACGGUCUGCGGCAGUUCAAAUAAGUUGUCGCGGGGACAAAAAGUACGCCGACGUUAUGCGACUUGCCCGUGACAACAUCGACCUCGCGUCUAUGGGAAUUGAGGCCCUCAAGCCGAGAAGAGCUCGGACAGGAGUGCUGCUCCUUGAAAUAUCGGGAGGAGCUGCGGGCGCGGAUAAGGCUAACAUUCUUGCGCAAAGACUGCUGGACCUUACCGCCAAUAUAAAUGAUAAUGACGUCGUCAUCUCCAGGCCGGAGAAGAUGGCGGAGCUACGGCUCAGGGACCUGGAGGCCUCCCUGUCGAGUAGAGACAUAUAUACGAGAUUGGCAGAGCUGGGUGAGUGCUCCCCGGUCGACAUACGGCUGGGUAGCAUCGCCGAGACACCCAGGGGGCUGAGCUCCCUAUGGGUCCGCUGCCCACUGAGGGCGGCCGUGAGGAUCGCCAAGACGCCAAGAGUCCGCAUCGGCUGGACGGCGGUCUGCCUGAUAGGCGGAAGACGUUCCGGACGUUACAUUAGCCCUCAGGGCCUGGUAGGAUUUCCUCAUUAUUGCCUGAUCAGGCAUCAGGAUAUCCUUGUUUGGACACUAUUAGGAUCCAUCUACAAUUUCUACUCGGGAUAUUGA